AUGUGGGCGCUAGCGCAACUCGAGGAGCAGCUGAAUGACCUCGACGCGCUGAAUUGCGCCAGCGCGAAGGCUAUCGACUCGUUCGCCGACACCUCGAGCGCCAUCUCCGUUCGUGCAAACGAAAUCAUCCGAGACGUCAAGCCGUGGGAUGUGGCGCAGGAGAACAUCACCCUCACGAUCGAGGAAAUGGCGAAAGCGGCGCGCUGCUAUCAUCCCCCACCCAUCCUACCAGCAGUGCUGAACGGAAAGGAGUCGAGCUGGGAUGCCAUCGCGAGGUCCAUGGACUACCUCGUCUACGCGGAUGACUACCUAGCGAGUCACCCACCGAACCACUACGGGACAGAGAUCGAGGCCAGGACAGAGAUGCAACUGCAGCAGAUUGUGCGCAUCAGCGAGGACUUCGUGAAGACUGCCUUCAUCAACGCGGUACAGCGGAGCAAGGUGUCGCAGUCCGGCGCCGGUGCAGGCGGGUCCGCCGGGCCCGCAGGAAGCAGCCUCAGCGUCGCCACACGGAUGGACAGUGCGCCCGCCGCACCCACGGGAAACUGGCUCAUCCGCAACGAGGCAGCGUUGCAUGGCGUCGAUCAGAUCGUGCAGCGCCUCGGCGAGAACUUCAAUCGCACUGACAUUCUUCGGAAAGACGUACGAAAGCUGCUAGAGGAGAAGCUUGUCAGAGCCGUGCAGGCGCAGUUCGACGGCGCCUACCGAGACGAGGAAACGGGGAGGGACCACCUGACAUCUCGCACGUCUCUGCUGCCAGUGCUGAAGCACUACCAGCACGGAGACCAUCGACUGCUGCGCAUCAGUAAAUCGGCGCGGGAGCUGGUGACGGACGCGUGUGCCUGUCUGCAGCGCUAUGUCCUGACGCCGCUCGAGGACGACUACGCUGUAGCGGACAUCCCGAGCGAGCUGGCCACUGUUGUCUUUGAGCUGGUUUAUCGGCGCGCCAUCAAGGUGAUCCAGCUCGACACCUCCUUCUUUGCGGACCCGACGAAGCUGUUCGUCGACUCGCGUGGUCAAGGGAUCGGCCUCUUCUCGACGCCGCGCUACUUCCGUGAUUACAUUUUUAUUGGCCUCGACCUCAUGGAGGAGUUUUGGAAGUGGAAGGUGAUGUCCAAAUCGAUUCCUGGCGAGAACCGGGACUUCAUCGACCACGUGGACGAUUCCGUCGACAACUUGAUCUACCGAAUCCGUGAACUGCUGGACGGGUACGUCAACGCGAAAGGGGCGCUGGAAAAAGAGUCGCUGAAGGAGUACGCGCGCUCCAUGCACCGCACGGAAUGGUUUCCGUCCGUCGACUGCACGGUGCACGAGUCGACAACCAACGUGCUCUACUUCCACAAGACUCUACUCAUCUUCUUCUACGGCUCCCUGCGCAUCGUCUUGUACGGAAGCGUCAUUGGCGCCAACGCCGAGUACGAGUCCUGCCAGGAGGUGGAGGACUACAUUACUCGUGGUGUGAUGGGUGCGGUGGACGACCUGCAGGUGUUGGCAGAGGCGGCGGCAGAGCUUCAGCAAGAGGCACUGGCCAAGCGCAAUCACCACACAAAGUCUGACUCCCUCAACCUCCUCACCAGUGACGUGCGACUCUCCGUGGAAAUCUUCAUGAUCAACAACUUGUGCUUCUUGGAGGACAACUACCGUCGCGAGGCGUGCUUCACGACACGUCUUGCGCCAGUGGAACCGCCAGCGAAACCCUCGUGUGAGGGGGCCAAUGCCCACAAAGGCGCCGCGUCACCACCUCCACGUGAUCCACCGCUCUCGCAGCUCUUCAACAUGCUCAACUCGGAGCGAGAGCGGUACGUGGACGCCUUUGGUGCGAGCUGGCAUAAGUGCUUUCCGUCCAUAUCAAGCCACUCCGAGCUGCUGUCUAUUGAUCCACACUCGACGACGGAGCUGCGCAAAUCGCAGCGCAUGGCGGUGAAGCAGUGGCAUCGGCGCGUGAACAACGCACUUUUGAAGAAGAUUUAUGACUGCAAGGCCGAAGCCGUGAUGAAUGCAAAGUCGCGCACCCAGCUCUUCGAGGUCUCCAUCACCGUGGUGCGGGAUGAGUUUGACCGCAUGAAAGUGCUGUUGAACGGCCGCAUCUGGUCCUCCCAGCCGCAAAAGUGGAUGCUCUUUACCCCAACGGAGUGGGAGGACCAAAUCCGACAGGCAUUUUAA